CCAAUUGUCAAUGUCAUAAGUCAUCAGUCACUAGUCAGAUGUGAAGAAAUUGGAGAAUUUUGUUGUUGGUUUAUAUUUAAAAAUAAUAUUUAAACUUAUCGAUAAUGUUUUAAUAGUACGUUCUAUUCUAAAUGUAAAAUAAUAACGCUUCUAACAUGGACAACAUUGGGGCCGAAGUGGGCCAAAAAAUGCGAAGUGCUAUUAAGGCAAAACUAAUGGAACUUGACUGCUAUGUAGACGAUGAAUUACCUGACUACAUUAUGGUUAUGGUGGCUAACAGACGAUCAAAAUCACAGAUGAAUGAUGACCUGAACUUAUUUCUUUCUUCUAAGACAUCUACCUUUGUAAAUUGGCUUCAUAUAGUGCUUAAGAAGCUUAAAGAGGUUACUGUAACUAAUCCUGAGAUUUAUUCGAAAGUUAGUAAACGAAAAAGCACUGAUAAUCAAGUUGAUGAUAAAGGUAGCAUUAAAUUAAAGAAAGAGAAGAACUCCAAGAAGGUUAAGACAGAAGAAGAUUCCGAAAUAGUUGAUAAAAAACCUGAAGUUACAUUAGAUUCUAAUGAAAAGUCUCUUACCGAUGAUCUACCCUUAAUAGCAAAUAAGUUUAGUGAUAAAAGAAGGAUAGUUAUAGAAAAUGAAAGUAGUUUGUCGGUCUCAAACAAUAUCGUUGAUGAUAACUUUGAUAUACCUCUCCUAUCGGAAGUAAACGAUAGCUCAAAUGAAAAGGAGUUACAAGAUAUUGAGAGGAAAAUUCACAAUGUUAAAAGUAGGUUGGGAUUGUUGGUUGAAAGUGAUAAUGAAAAUGAUGAGGAAUGGAUUAAUAAUCAAUCAAAAGAAGAAGAUAAUCCAUUAGCCCAUACCAGGCAAGUCAGUGUUAUAAAAAAGAAAAUAAGCGGCUCGGAACUGACUAAACUUGCCGAGUCACUGCUUGCCGCUGAAAAUAUUGAGGAAACCGACCAACAAAAAGAAGAAACAACCGAAAAAAAAUCAGUUCAUCAGAGAAUAACUUUUGAAAAUGACUUUAAUAAUGACAGUAACGCUUUAAAAAGUGACAAAUCAGUUGUGAGGAAAUCUUCAGUACUCGAUAGACUCGGAAAGAGAACUGGAAGUCCGGAUUUUUAUGGAGAGCCGAGAAAAAAGGUUAGCCUAUCGGAGUAUAGGAGGGAGGAGGAAAAGUAUACGGGGUCUGUCAGAAGUAAGAGGAGGAGUAGUUCUAGAGAUAGGUCGAGAAGUCGAAGGUAUAAUGACAGGAGGAGUGGGAGUAGAGAGAGAAGUCCAAGAAGGACUAGAGGGAAGGAAUCCAGAAAAGAGGGUAUAUUGUCGAGACUGGGUGUCCAAUCUAAAGUGGCCGUCAUUAAAAAGCCGGAAACGUCAGAAAAAAGUGAUGAUGAGGAGGAGAAAAUUGUGAGGGAAGUGCCCAGUUUGAUCAAGGUCAAGCCCAGGGUUAUACCGAACGAUGUUGCGGCACAGGCCAAUAAGAAUUUACUUUUAAAGGCUGUGGCCGAGGCUCAGAGGAGUAUCGCGCAGACGCCAACAGUUGGAAAUAAUUUGAAGCCUGAUGCAUUAUAUACAAAGAGGUUUAAAGAAAAAAAUGGGGAUCAGAAAGAUAAUAAUUCUGUUAAAAGGAUUGAUGAAAAGGAAAAAUCCAAAUUAAAAUCACUAAUUCAACAAUCUGGUAGUAGGAUGAGGAGCUCACUAAACGUGAGCAGCGAUGAGUACGACUCUGACGGAGAAUACAUACCGAAACCAGUGAGAAAUGUUGAAAGAAACCUUCCUAAAUAUAUACCAUCGGUGAAAGAUAAUAAUAAAGAGUGCGACGAAUCUCAUCAAAACAACAACAUCGUUGAAACAAAAUCAACAAAAAUCGUUGAAGAUCAACAACAAAACAACAAACAGCAAUUCAUUAUAACGUUAGACGGGAUCGAUAAAACGCCGUUUACGGAUAAGAAAAUUUCGGCCAAAAUGAGGCUCGAAGGCAGGAAAACUCCUUCGCCCAUUGUGUUUGAUCACAGCGUAAUAUCGGACAAUAAAGUUAAAGUUAACCCUACACGAUCUGAUUUGCCUACACGUGCCGACAUACCGGACACGCUGCCCGUUGUUCACGUACCUUUAGCCGUCAAAAACAAAGAGAGGUGUAAAUAUUGGCCAAACUGUAGACAGGGAGACAAGUGUGAGUUUGUGCAUCCCAGUCAGAAUUGUGAGGCGUUUCCUCACUGUAAGUUCAGAGAAAAAUGUCUGUUUCUUCACCCACGCUGUAAAUUUGGUAAUUCUUGUACCAAGAGGGAGUGUCCUUAUGAUCAUGUCAAGUCACUGUCAACUACGAGGUUAACCACUGCCGUUCCGGUGUUGCAAAAUUGCAAAUUUUUCCCCAACUGUACCAACGUGAACUGUCAAUUCUACCAUCCGAAGCCGUGCAUGUACGGGCAAUAUUGUAAAAAUAUGGCGGAAUGCAGCUUUUCGCACAAUUUCCCAUUUACAAAAAAGAAUUUGAGAUGGAAAUCUAAGUGAAAAAAGUUGAUUUUUCUGUAAAAAAAGUGAAGAAAUUUUUAAAUAUUUUGAUGUAUCUAGUACAGGAAUAGAUAGAAGUUGUAUAUUAUUUUUUUUUCUUUAUUUUUUUGGACUUAAUUGUGAUGAAGUAUAUUUUAU